AAAAUACUUCAAAAUUACCAAAAUGGAGGGAAAGAAGGAUACGGUGUUUGUCCUGGGUGGUCCUGGCAGUGGCAAGGGCACCCAGUGCCAACUACUAGCGAGCAGGAAGAACUGUGUUACUGCAGAACAAAAUUUGAAAAUUAGUACCAUUGGGACUGGAGACCUAAUCAGAGCAGAACUACACAAAGACACUGACCAAGCCAAGAUCAUCAAGGACUGACUUGACCAAGGCAAGCUUGUUCCUUCCGAGAUUACAUGAGGGUUAGUCAAGAAGCAGUUUGAAGAGUGAGAAGGUGAUACCUUGGUGGUACUGGAUGGGUACCCGAGGAAUUUUGAGAAUGUGAGGGAGUUUGAAAAGCAACUUGCUAGUUCGGUGAAUUUGAUAAAGGUGAUCUAUAUUAGAGUCUCUGAGGAUGUGAUGAGGGGGAGGAUCAUGAAGAGAGCAGAGAAAGAGGACCGUGAUGCUUAUGAUAAAGAUUCAGAUAUAUGAAAUAAAAGAAUCUCAAGCUUCUUUGAAGAGACUUUACCGGUAAUCGAGCAGUAUGCAGAAGAAGGAAUUUUGGAAGAAAUCGAUGGUGAAUUGGAAGUAGAGGAAGUUUAUGAAAGGAUAUGCCAAAUGCUUGAUAUAUAAGCAUAAGCAGUAAGUAAGCUUAUAAUCA